UUUGAAGAAAAUGUCGAGCAGCGAUAGUGAUAGUGACGUGGAGAUGGAACCCAAACCAUCUACCUCGAAAGUGGAAGCCAAGAAACAAGGGGACGAUACUAAGCCGAAGCGCAAACGCUUGCAGGACUACUUGGAUGAGAAGGCAGCCCGUGAGGUAGCAGAGCGUGCGGAAGAGCUGCUGCGUUUACGCCGCCGUCGUGGCUUGGCAGACGAUGAAGAAGAUCCGGAGGAGACAACAUUUCCGGUGAUCAAUCCGUUAAAUUUUGUGAAGAACAAAGAAAUCCGUCACCGACGCUUCAAGCAUCUGCAGGGCACUAAACGUAAGGAAGAAAAGGCAGCCAAAAAGACACGGAAAUUGGAAGGCAAACCGUCCGUUCCGCAACAUACGAUCGAAACUCUGCGCGAGAAGGAUGAGACGACGGUUACCAAUAUCGAAGGCGAAGAUCAGGAGGAAGUGUUGAACGAUCUGGCGAAUGAUGAGUUUUGCGAGUACUACAAGAAGAGCUACAAACCGAGAGUGAUGAUAACGUUCAAUGCAACGCCGCAUCAUGUUACACGUGAAUUCGCCUCCCUGCUGCGCCGAAUGAUUCCAAACGCAUCCACUUUCAGACGUAAUAAAACGCAACUGAAGCGGGUAUGCAAGAGCGCCAUACGAGAAAACUUCACCGACAUUGUGGUAGUGAACGAGAACAAGAAAAAACCAGAGGGUUUACUGUUAAUACAUCUUCCCGAAGGACCAACGGCACAUUUUAAAAUCAGCAACUUCAAGGGAUUAAAGGAUUUGAAGCGUAAAGAAACGGAUAUUACGACACACCGGCCGGAAGUGAUUUUGAAUAACUUUACCACACGGUUGGGAUUGACCAUAGGACGCAUGCUGGGCGCUCUCUUUCACUACGAACCAGAGUUUCGUGGACGACGAGCGGUAACAUUUCACAACCAGCGAGACUACAUUUUCUUCCGACAUCAUCUGUACGAGUUCGAUAAGAACGGAAAGCGGGUUAAGUUACGUGAGCUGGGACCUCGAUUUACGCUCAAGUUGCGAUCUCUGCAGGUGGGACUGUUUGAUGGUAAAUGUGGCGAUUAUGAAUGGAUGAUUACUAACAAACGUCACCAGAUGGAAAGUCGGCGAAGAUUCUUCCUAUAAAAUAAAACAUUACGCACUUACUGCAUGGAAACAA